AAAUCGAGCUAUUUAUUUUCCUCGAUCGAUGCAAAUUUGCCAUCAAUAGUCGAGGGAAAGUAUUCUUCAUAAACGAAUCUUUAUUUAUUUAUUUAAAAAUUAAUCUACUUUUACUUUUUACUUAGUGAUAUUUUGUAACGUAUGUUUGGUAAUUUAAUGACCCUAGAUAUAUAGGGUCUAAAUAUGCUCUGGACUGGAGUCUGCUACUACAAAAUCACAAAUAUUAUUGUAUGAAAUCUAUUGCGUAGUUUGCAGGUUAAUAUUUCGCAAAACAAUAAAUUUCAGCCCUUUUUAUGUUACGAAUAUGUCAUUGAUGAGUUAAGAACUUUAAAACAACUAAUUGACUUGCUCGAUUAUUUUGUAAUUAAGGUACUUUCUGUGAUACUUUUCAAGAACUACCUGAAUUAUUAUUUAUGUAUUAAUACUAUAAGCGGUCUAUUACAUUGUUAUACAAUUUUUUGACCAUUCAAAUUUACAAAAAAAUAUCAAUUGCCAAUCUUUUUAUUUACCAUCGCACAAAAUGUCAAAAGAUGGUAAAGUAGCCUUGAAAGAGGCAAAGGAACUUUUGAAAAAACAAGAAUAUUCUCAAGCAAUCAAGAUGUGUAAAAAAGUUAUAAAAGAAGAUAAAAAAAAUUACAACGCUCAUGUUUUAAUGGGUGCUGCCCUAAAAGAAGUUGAAGCUCUUAGAAGCCAGGCUCCAAUGUCCUUAAAAAAAGCCAUUGACUUGCAGCCUGAUAAUCCUUUAGCUUGGCAAGGUUUACUUGUAUUUUAUGAAGGUGAAAAAGAUAAUGCUGAAACAUGGACUGAAUUAAUUCCUGUGUACAAUCAAAUUCUACAGUUUGAAAGUGAUACAGCAAAAUUUAUCAAUCAUUUGAAGAAUUUGAUUACAACUUUACUGAAACUCAAAAAUGAUGAUUUGCUAGCUCAAAGUGUGAAAGUACUUACAAAAUUAAGACAACAAUAUGCUUCAGAUGAAGAAAAAUACAAAAAGAUCAUUGAAGCAUUAGCAGUUAUCCUCACACAAUACCCAAAACUUACUCAUGAUUAUGAUGCAAUUUUAGAAGAAACUUUAAUCUAUUUGAUUGAAGAUGAAUCUUCACUCAAUCGGCAUGAGUACUAUAAAAAGUAUUUGAAGCACUUAUACAAAAUGGAAAAAUUUGAUGAACUAUUUGUUGAAGCUACAAAAAUGCAUAAUAUUUUUAAUCAAGAUAUUUAUCCUCUAGAAUGGAUUUGUAGAGUAUAUUCUGAACACAGUAUAACUCAUGAUAAACAUCCUGAUAUUGAUAUAGUUGUUUUUUAUGAAACUUUAUUGGACCAUGAUAAUGAUUCUAUUUUGGGCUAUUUUGCUAAAGCAGUUAAUUUAUAUGAAACAGAAAAUUUGAUAGAUUCAAGAAAUAUUCUUAAUCAAUUAGUUGCUAUAAAACCUAAAUGGUUUCAUGUUUGGUUACUACUUGGAAAAAUUAACAUAAAAUUAUACUGUUGGGAGGAAGCUGAAUACGCUGCUACUAAUGCAUUAAGUCUUGUGCCAGAAGGAGAUCCACAUAAGCUAAUUCCUGCUAUAAAUAUCAUACUAUUGGAAUCUUUGAUUAAAAGUGGUAAUGAACUUAAAGUAAGAAAAGCAGAAGAAAUAUUUGAAGAGUUAUCUGACAACUCUCUCAAAUCCUCUGUUUUGCGAGCCCAUUUGUAUGUUAAUUUAGGGAAUCCAAAAGCAAACAUGAUGAUAAAUGAUUUAAAAAAUAAUUCAGAAACAGCUGCUGCAGCCGCAGUACUUUGUGCAUUGAAUUUAUUAGAAAAUAAACAAUUUGAAGAAGCUGCUGAUGUGUUAGGAUCAGUUUUAGAGUCAUCCAAUGCAUGGCUUACAUUAGGAAAAAUUUAUUGGGAAAUGGCAGAUUUUGGACACAGUCUGAUGGCUCUUCUCAAAGGGAUAAGUGCUGAUCCAUAUAAUUGGGAAUGUUUAGUAUAUUUGGGCCGAUAUCAUCAAGAAUAUUCAAAGGAUUACGAUAGGUCACGUAAAUGUUAUCAGAAAGCAUUACAAAUUAAUCCUAAUUCUGCUCAAGCAGGCAUUGGUUUGAGUUCACUUCAUAGGUUGUUGAAGAAUACAGAUGAAAAUAUACAAUUUCUGCAACAGUUGACAAGUAGUGGCAAGGGUCCAAAAUGGGCUCUCAUACAACUUGGAUUACAAUUUCUGGACAAAAAUGAGCCCAAUGAAGCUGUGUCAGCUUUUAGAAAUGCUGUAAAAACUGAUCCUUCAGACAGUAAUUGCUGGGAAUGUCUUGCUGAUGCUUAUUUAGCUCGUGGAGCACAUUUAUCAGCUCUGAGAUCUUAUGAAAGAGUUUUGCACUUGAAUCCUGAAUCGUUUUAUUCCAAGGUUCAAUUGGCAAACAUAGAAUUGCUGAUAGGUGAUUUAAAGUCUGCAAAAACUAAGUUUAGAGAAAUUAUAAGUUUAAAUAAAACAAAUCCCUCAGCUCUCAAAGGAUUAGCUGAAAGUUGUUUUAAACUUGGAAAAGAGCAUGCAUCUGCACAACUUCUUGCAAGAGCAAGAGACGAUUAUCAAGAUGCUGUUGAUAGUUUGAUACAAGCUGUUGAAUUAAAAAAACCUUACAUGUGUAUUUGGAAACUUUUGGGUGAUAUUUGUUACAAUGUCGUUGAAUUGCCAGAGAAAUAUUGUUAUCUUAAUGGAAUACCAUCAAUGCUUCAGUACGAUCCUGAAAACGCCAAAAAUGUAAUUCACAGAAAAGAAAUAUUUUUGUUAUCUAUAAAAUGUUACUGUAUAGCUCUUAAUAUAUCCAAGGAUUCAUCACUUCUCUGGCAUGAUUUAUCGCAAUGUUAUUUAGCUAAAUAUCAUUCUAAAUCAAAUGAAGAUAAGAAAGAAGAUAUAAAAAAAAGUUUAGCCGCUGCAAAAGAAGCUGUCAAUGCUGAUCCAUUAUCUUGGAAUCAUUGGAAUUUAUUGGGAGUAGUAUGCAUGGUAGAAGAUGUUAAAAAUUAUGCUUUAGCUCAACAUUGUUUUGCUAUGGCUUUAGAUCUUCAAUCAAACAACCCGAUUCCAUGGACAAAUCUGGGUUCAUUGUAUCUGAUAUUAGGUGAUGCUUAUCGUGCAAAUGAAGCUUUUUCAUGGGCUCAAAGAAUGGAUCCAGCUUACAUAAAUUGUUGGAUAGGUCAGGCUCUAAUUGCAGAAAAUAUUGGUAGAACAGAAGCUAUGGAUUUGUUCAGACACUCCACUCAACUUGGCUAUCAUCCAGAGUCUGCUAAAGGGUAUGCUCAUUUGGUAUUAAAAACAAUCAUGGACCCUGAUGCGAAAAAGGAUGUACUUUACAAUUAUGCUAUUGAAAAAAUCCACGCUGUUACAGUGGCCUCUGAUAGUUUAAAUUGGUAUUUAGUCCAUGAAACAGAUGAUCCAUGUGCAUUAAAUACCUAUGGAUUAUUGUUAGAAAGGCAAAAAAUUUAUAAGCCUGCAGCUAAACAAUUUUCUUUGGCAUUAAAAUACUUGGUUGAUAAAAAACUAAAAGAUAAGGUAAACAUUAAUUUAGCAAGAGUAUUGGUUUCUACUGAUCAAUACAUAGAGUCUGUUGAAGCUUGUGCAGCUGUAAAAGAUGCCAGUUUUGCCUCUCAUUGUCAGUUGGCUCUUUCAUUAUUCAAAGCUGAAAGUUUCAAGGAAUCUUAUGAAGCUUAUGAAGCUGCACUUCAUCACCUUGCUGAUACUGAAACUGAUAAAGCUCAUGUACUUUGUGCAAUGGCUGCAAUGGCGUUCAUGUUUCAAGAAAGUAAUGAUGCUAAAACAUUGCUCUACCAAUCAAUUAGCAUCAAACCUCCUAUCAUAUCUGGUCUGCUGGCAUUAGCAGCGCUUGGCAUGCUGGAUCAUGACAAAAAUUUAACUGAAUUGGUGCUUAAAGAAUUGAAAGUUCUCGAUAAUGAUCCUAAAUAUAGAUAUGACAUAGCCAAAAUAACAGCUUACUCAUAUCUAAUUGAACAAGACAUGGAAGGUGCUUGCAGAAUCCUUUGUAAAUAUGCUCAUCGAUAUCCAGAUUCUCCAGAAUUAUGGACUAGUUUAGCUCGAACACUAUUAACAAUGAAUGAUUUAGCCUUUACCAAAUUCAUUGAAAAAGCUCUAUUCUUAGGAAGAAAUACUUCAUGUGAAGACAUAUCAAAAAUCACGUGCAUGUCAGCUUUAACUAAACUCAUUACAUCAAAUCCAACAACAGGCUUAAGAUCAGUUUUAAAUAUUGUACAUUCCUUCCCAGCCAAUGUUGAUAGCUGGUCAAAUCUUAUCACGGCACUUUUACCAAGAUGGAGUAAAAUUUCACAAUCUAAUGCUCAUUGGCUGAUGGUAUUAGCAUCAAGGAUACGUCACAGUCUUGUAUGUACAAGAUCAAUGGAACAAUGGUUAUUGAAAAAUGAAAAAGAAGCAAAUGACAUUGCUUAUUGUACACAAUAAGUAACUGGUUGUAAAAAUUAAUGUACAGAAAGUUUUAUAAAAGGCAUUAUUAAGAAAUUUUGUUUUUCCUAUCAAAGAAGUUAAAAAUUUUGAUACUUAAAUAAACAGAUUUCAUAAUCCGUA